AUGACGCAAGUCGGGGACGCAGGGCUCGACUUCACGGGCGAGGAUGAUCUCAUCGAGAUUCAUUCGUCUCCCCCGACCCGAUCCUAUAAUCCCCUCGAAGACUUGCUAAAUCCUCUGCAGCCGAUUCCAGCCCAACCUGUGAGAUUACGCCCUGGUCGAAGGAGUGACCGCCAUCCACCACCUCUUGGCCCGAUGUCUCGACAACCGUCGCAGCCGCAGCAAAUGCAGAGUACAGAAUUCAUUGAUCUGACGGAAGAGCCAGAUUCGCCUGUUGAGAUACGGCAUUCGCAACCACCAAGUCAAAUAGGAAGGAACCCGAGGCGGACAAACUCACAACGAACAACACCGCCUUCCCUGUCCAGAAGUGACAGUACUUUCAUGGGAACCGGGGCUAGCGUUAUCGAUCUGACGGUUGAUUCACCAGAAGAUGAUCGUGCUCCAGAGCCCAGAGUGACUAGGAGUCAGCGGCACCACCACCACCAUCAUCACCACCAUCAUCAUCAUCGAACACGAAAUUUUAGACAGGAUCAAUUAAUUGAAUUGGAGUUUAUCAACGCCAACAGUGGCAGUAUUUACUCCAACCUUUCGAAUAAUGUUCGUCGAAUAGCGGGUCUUUUGGGCGGCAGCUUCAUGUCUCGAGGUUUCACGGCAACCCCAAUCGAGUUUCCGCCCAAUUUUGCCGCCAGAGAGCCGAGCCCCAAACCACCAAUGGAACCGGUUCCACCAACACGCGAUGGAUUCACUCGAGACACCUCGUUGGCAGAUGAGAGGGUGGUUAUAUGCCCAGCGUGCGGAGAUGAACUCGCAUACGACCCAACAGGAACAGGACCUCAACAAGGCUCAGCCUCUACGAGCGGCAAGAAGAGAAAACGAGCACCUGGCGAACACCACUUCUGGGCCCUAAAAAAAUGUGGACAUGUUUACUGCGCGGAUUGCUUUGAGAAUCGGAGACCGACCAAGGCCAAUCCUCUGGGCGUUGGGUUUCGGGCGCCGUCAGGGAAAACACCCGGCAUCGCACCAAACGACAUCCGAUGCGCUGUGGAGAGCUGCGAUUCAAAGGUUGCUCUCAAGACGGAAUGGGUGGGCAUCUAUUUGUGA